AUGGAUGCUAAAACGGAAGCCUCGAACGCUGAUCACGCCCUGCAACCCACUGCCUCUAACGCUGAAGCGUCUAACGGUGUUGAAGCUCAGCUAAGCUCUCACAAGUCGGCUGGUGAUCAACCCGAUGUCGAUGCAAACCUCCAUCCUUUGCCCCUCGAUCACAACGAAGCUCAAGCAAUUGCCCAUCAACAAGCUGUCCAACAACAACAACAACAACAGCUUCAUCAACAGCAAACUCAGCCUAACCCCGUGACAGCUACUCAAACGAUCCAAAUGCGUGCAUUGAUUGUUACACAAGACGCUAGCAUCAUCAUUGGCAAAGGUGGUCGUCACAUUAAUGAGAUCCGAGAGAAAUCGGGCGCACGGGCAACUAUAUCUGAAGCUGUACCAGGAAACGCCGAACGUAUUUUGAGUGUCGGUGGUCCACUCGACGCGGUUUCAAAAGCAUUCGGUCUGAUUGUGCGACGCAUCAACGAUGAGCCAUUCGACGUUCCUUCGGUGCCGGGCUCGCGUGCAGUAACCAUUCGAUUUGUGGUACCGAAUUCGCGUAUGGGAUCAGUCAUUGGCAAGGCAGGAAGUAAAAUCAAAGAGAUUCAAGACAUGAGUGGAGCUCGUGUACAAGCAUCAGAAGCGAUGCUACCUGGCAGCACUGAACGCGUCCUAUCUGUCUCUGGCGUGGCAGACGCCGUUCACAUCGCGGUCUAUUAUGUUGGAAUGAUCUUGGUGGAGAAUCAGGACCGCAUGCCUGCCAACACAACUUAUCGACCGGGUCACGCAACCGGACAGGUCAAUUCCUUGGGCGGUGGUCGUGGUCCCAUGGGCGGUGGAGCAGUUGGCCCGGCCGGCGGACCUGCUUACUAUGGUCAUCCGCCUCAAGGUGGCCAUCCGCUUCACGGACUUCACGGACUUCACGGUCAUCCUCACGCUCACCCCCACGCUCACCCUCACCCUCAUCCCCACCCUCAUCCUCAUCCUCAUAGUGCCGGCGGGUAUCCUAGUAGUGCUCACCAACCCGGAAGUCAAACCCAACAGAUAUAUAUCCCCAACGAACUUGUAGGAGCCGUCAUUGGUAAAGGAGGACAGAAGAUUAAUGAGAUCAGGCAAGCUAGUGCGACACACAUCAAAAUUAUGGAACCAGGAGAGGGUGGACAGGCUGCGAGCACCAAUGAACGUCUCGUCACUAUCACGGGUCAACCCCUACAGAUCCAGAUGGCUGUGCAACUGUUAUAUCAGCGGUUAGAAGCCGAAAAACAAAAACGUUAG